AUGGUUCAGUCUCUCAUUCUCCUCUUAAAGCUCAAUAUUGAUGGUUCAGUCUCUCAUUCUCCUCUUAAAGCCACUUGUGGAGGAGUUAUCUGUGAUGAUCAAGAAUAUUAUGAAAUAAAACAAAUUACAGGAGAGAAUCUUUUUUGUGUUACGUUUGGAUCACGAACACCAGGCUUCGCCUUGAACCCAUUUGUUAAUGAAGGGAAGAAGUCAACAGAAAAUGAAGUGGCGCGAAACAGGUACCAUAGGCACGAUGUGGUCACAACAAGCCUUACGUUAACAACAAUCUUAAACAAUCCAACCCCACGGUGUGCAUUGCGCACCCUUUCUCCCUCCCAAGCUAACCUGCGCUUCUUCAACUCCAUGGCUUCCAUGCCUUUCUCCACUCUCUGCCUCUUUCACAAACCCAGUGCUAUCACCCUCCGCUGCCUUGCUUCAGACAGGUUUAGCUUCGGUGCCGGUUCGGCGAUAGCGUUCGGAAAGAUUCGGAAGAACCGGAAAAUCGGAAUAUUCCCCAUUUGCAGAGCAGGUUCUGCUCUCGUCUUCCGUGACCUCGACGCCGACGAUUUUCGCCACCCUCUUGAUAAACAGAAUACGCUGAUACUGAGAGCAAUUCCGGGAUUGAAUGAACUAGGAAAAGCUCUUCUAGGAACUGUAGCAGAGCAGGUCAUGCUCCUUGAGAACAUUGGGACAUCUGUACUUGUUUCUAAAAAUCAGCUUCCCGAUCUUCACCACUUAAUGGUUGAGGCUGCAGAAAUUUUAAAUGUUGAUGCCCCUGAUCUAUAUGUUCGUCAAAGUCCUGUGCCAAAUGCAUAUACAUUAGCUAUCAGUGGUAAACGACCAUUUGUUGUCGUUCAUACUAGCCUUGUGGAGCUCCUGACAAGAGCAGAAUUGCAGGCUGUUUUGGCUCAUGAGUUGGGUCACCUAAAAUGUGAUCAUGGUGUGUGGCUUACGUAUGCAAAUAUUCUGACCCUUGGAGCCUAUACUGUACCUGGCAUUGGUGGUAUGAUAGCUCAGACUUUGGAAGAACAGUUAUUCCGCUGGCUUCGAGCAGCUGAGUUGACUUGUGAUCGUGCAGCACUUCUUGUGGCUCAAGACCCCAAGGUCGUCAUCUCUGUCCUCAUGAAAUUAGCUGGGGGAUGUCCAUCUAUGGCUGAUCAACUAAAUGUAGAUGCCUUUCUGGAGCAAGCUCGCUCUUAUGAAAAAGCUGCGUCCAGCCCAGUUGGGUGGUAUAUAAGGAAUGCACAAACAAGGCAACUGUCACAUCCUCUGCCUGUUCUACGUGCUAGUGAAAUUGAUGAAUGGUCAAGAACUCCAGCUUAUAAAUCUCUUUUGAAACGUGGAACUCAGACCAAAUCAGUAAAACAAAAUGUCUAGCAGUGCCUAAUGGAUUGUGUUCUAAAUACGCAACAGCUAAAGGUUCUUUGAGGUUAGUUUCUUAAAAGUUAUAACAAUUUUCUUUUACUUUUCUGAACUUCAUCCAAUACGGUAAUAUGUCCAACAAUAAUUAUUAAUCUGUUUGUAUGAGUUAUAGGAUAACUGAAUACAUACUUGUAGUUUGUAGACUAGAUAAUACAUACAAUAUAUGAAGGGAUUUAGCUAGAUGUAUAAAGUGAGAAAAUAAAGACUUAUUCUUAGUUUAUUUAAAUUCAAGUAUUUUAUAAACAUAACCAAUUUUAGAUCAACAGUGAAUAAUGAUAAAAAUACGAAGUCCACAUUCUUUUCAGCAGUAGUAUACUUUUUCCUACCUUCCUACUCCGUUUAGUGAAUACUAAGUAUGUGAUAAGCGUAGGCCACCUUUAAUGAAAGUUUACCAAAGGAAGUGUAAGAAUAGGACAGCUGUAGAGAAUUUGAAUUGUCAAUCAUAACUGUAUUAGUUAUAACUGUAUUUUGUUUCAUACUCUAUAAAUAGUUAGUUAGAAAAGGGAGAAGAGAUCUUUUGGAGGAAUCAGAGAUUGGAGGGAGAGGCUGGAACUCUCGAAAUUCCAAUAGGAAGGUGUUGUACAGUUUCCUAUUCUCUUCUCUUCUUCAAAGAAGAUCCAAUAAAGAAAUCUAUUCUUCGAUCAGGACCUAUCAGUAUGUGCCGGUAGUGUUGGUCUUAGCAAACGACGAGCCAUAACCCUCACUUAUGUUUCCAUAGAAUAUCCAUUUUGAAUGCUUGCUAGCAAUUUCAUUUCUCACUGUUUUAUUAUACUUUAUGGAAAAUUUAUCGCAUGGUGGCAGAUGUUCGAAUGGUUUCAGGAAGCGUUAGGAUUUAUUGUGGAUCUAAGGCUGCUGCAAAUCUCUCACACUAUUACUGUAAAUGUACAAAAAUGUGUAUUCACUGUAAUGUAUUAAUCAAUCUGUAAGUAGAAUUUUGAUGAAAAGGUUUUUUAUUUCGUAGAAAUAUUGACCCUUGGAAAGGAAAGUAUUACUUGUUUAAUUCUAGUUAAUAAAAUUUCUCGGAGAAGCUAGAAUACACUAUGAUGUAAGUUUUAUGACUGAAUUUUUUAUUAAGUGUUCCCAGUGCACUCUUAGAUUUUCACAAAGGGGAGGGUCGCUGGAGAAGACAUGAUCGACCCAUUGCUGCCACCCGUUGGUAGGCCCCUUGACGGGCCAGAAAGGAAGAGGAGCACGAGGGAAUGAUUGUCUCACGAAAUGACAACGCAACAGGAAAGGGGCCAACUCGUGAAGGAGACGAUCAGCAGGGGCGUAGCGAACGUUGGCUUCCUCCAAGUAUAACCCCUCUCCAGCGAGACCAUUUGCUUCCUCUAACUCCUCACCAGGAAAGUACUACGGACAGGGUUGAGGAGGGAAAAGGACAUCACUAAGCAGCUUCUGUGUAGUGUCCCAAAUGUCCCAAAUGCCAAAAGAGAUGCUACGGGGAUGAUUUCGAAAGCGGUGCUGGCGGAACUGGCCGCUGAACCGCUGCGAGAACUCGAAAAUCUGGGGCAGUAGUUUUAGUAGACUUGGUUCAAGCCAUGAAAAGAAGUGGAAAGGCCAAGUUUGUAAAGAGAACAGGGUGGAAAAGGAGGAAGAAAGAAAGGGUGGUUAAUAGGAUUUACAAUAAAAGGGGGAAGUUGCAAUUAUGGUGAAUUUAAUGUACAAAGUAAUGAUUACCAUGUACCUCGAGAGGGAGGGAAGUCUGUUAAGAGAAUUUAAAUCCAGCCUAUGGUUACCGCUUUUGCCAUAAUGGAGUGUGGUGAGAAAGGUUUAGUGGGCAUGUUUUUAGGAAGUUAAAAUGCAAAUAACUAUAGAAAGAAAAAGGGGGUUUAAAAGAAAGAAGCCUUAAAGAAAGGGGCUGCUAGAAGAAUGCAUCUGAGUAUAGCCUCCAUACUCAAAUGCAAAGGGGUUAUUGUUCGGAGAAUAACGAAUAAUGAAAAAGAAACAAUAACAUUGGUGAAAGUUUUAAAAAGGGGUUAUUGAGUUGCAGUGAAAAAGAGGCGGCAGCCAGCUUCCCAACACAUGUCAUCUCAGCCUCUCGCUGGAAGCUCCAUACCGAAAAUAGCAAUACGAAGUGACAUGCUGGGGGAACUAAAAACCCAUAAAUAGGCAAUGAGUAAAGGCAGCAGGGAGGAGUUCAUACUCAUUUGAUUCUCCUUUCAUCAUCAGAAUUGUGGUGAAAGAGGGUAGAUGUAGAAUAAAAAGGAGAAUGGCAAAGGGAAAGAGACACGCUAUUGUACAUGCACUUCGUCAAGUUUACGAAUCCAGAACUCUUAAGAAUUCAAUAAUAUUUCCAUUAU